CGUUGGUUCACCUUCUACAUCUCUACAGGUCAAUGCUUGUAUAGUUACCUAGAAUCUAUACUCCUCCCUCAAGCACUUUGUUGAUCAUGACUUUCGACAUAUACAUCCCCGAGAAUCUUGCCUUCUCCGACUAUAUUGCAGUGAUCCAGGUCGCGAGAACCUGGGCCGAUGCCCAAGACAGAAAAGAUCCCGAAAGAUUCCUAGCCACCGUAGCACCAGAGGUGACCAUCGACUACAGCCUUCUCAUCCCCGCAUGGAAAAGCAAGGUCUACACGGCCGACGAAUUCGUCGCCACAUGGCUGGCCCCCGAUCGCGUCGGACUGUCCGUACUGGCAACGCAGCACCUGCUAGGAAUGCCAUACAUCAAGAGCGCCACGCGGGAUGAGAUCGUCGUGGAGUUUCAAGAGGUGGCCUCCCACGGGCGGCGCCAGGAUGACGACGGCGCAUUCGGCGGCAAAAUCGGAGAGACGGCUGAUGGGAGGGGGUGGGUGGAGCAUCGCUACGUCAAGAUUGAUGGCCAGUGGAAGAUUGAUCUCAUCAAACCUUCUAUCAUCUAUAUGGCUGGGGAUUGGGAGCGAGUUCGGCGGGCUGAGGGGGCGGAGUAAUGCACUGUUAGUAUGUACUAUCAUGCGUGAUUCGGUGGAUUGGCUGUUAUACCUUCUAUAGCUGGUGGUUAC